GUCAUAUUUCGUGGUAGUCGAAUAUCUGUGAUUGACGUAGAAAUAUAACGUCAGUUGUUACUUACGGGAUGUCCUAUGUCACCCUUAUGAGUGUUAUUUGUUAUUUAUAAAUCGAAUAUGGAAUUUUUGCACUUUUAUGAUUUCAACCAUGUGAAUUCAAUUAGAACUCUAUAAAUUAAUUUAAAUGCGAUGGGCACAUCUAACCAUAACGUAGACAAUUUUAAUGUAGCUGAUUUAACUCCUGAACAACAACGAAUUUUGAUAGAAAUUAGAAGAAGAAAAACUGAACUACUUCUAGAAAUACAGUGCUGGUAUUGUUCUACUUCCAUGUGUUCGUGUGCACGUGUGUGCGCUUCUUUUAUAAUUCACAAUCUACUUCAACAUUGCUGUAUUUGUUCAGAUGGGCAACUCAAAGAUGAUCUCUGCGAGGUUGUGUCUGAAGUGGAAUCCCUUUAUUCGGGCGAAGAGGGUAAAAGCAGCAACAAAACUAAAAUGAUGUCAAUAGGACGAAAAAAGUUUAACAUGGACCCUAAAAAAGGUAUCGAAUAUUUGAUAGAGAAAGAAUUAUUACAGAAUACAGCUGAAAGUGUUGCUCAGUUCUUACACAAAGGCGAAGGAUUGAAUAAGACUGCUAUUGGUGAUUAUUUAGGAGAAAAAAAUGAUUUUAACGAGCAAGUUUUACAAGCUUUUGUCGAAUUGCAUGACUUCACUGAUCUAAUUCUUGUUCAGGCGCUAAGGCAAUUUCUAUGGAGUUUUCGAUUGCCAGGCGAGGCGCAAAAGAUCGAUAGGAUGAUGGAGUGCUUUGCAAAACGCUACUGCGAAUGUCAAGGAGAAAAUAACAUUUUUGAAAAUUCAGAUACAUGUUAUGUUCUUUCAUUUGCCAUUAUCAUGCUUAAUACAAGCUUACACAACCCAAGUGUCAAAGAAAAACCAUCAAUAGAACAGUUUAUUAAUAUGAAUAGGGGAAUUAAUCAAGGACAAGAUUUACCAAAGGAAUUAUUAGUGAGUCUAUAUGACAGUAUUAAAGCCGAACCUUUUAAAAUACCCGAAGAUGAUGGUAACGAUCUUAUGCAUACCUUUUUCAAUCCAGACAAAGAAGGAUGGUUGUGGAAACAAGGUGGUAGAUACAAGAGUUGGAAACGACGUUGGUUUAUUUUAAAUGAUAAUUGUCUGUACUAUUUUGAAUACACCACCGACAAAGAACCUAGAGGAAUCAUUCCCUUGGAAAAUAUUUCAAUACGUGAAUGUUACGAUAGGCAAAAACAGUUUUGUUUCGAAUUAUAUGCUAGUGGAGGUGCUGAAUUUAUUAAAGCAUGUAAAACAGACUCUGAAGGUAAAGUUGUGGAAGGUAAACACACUGUAUAUAGGAUGUCGGCGAGUAACGACGAUGAGAGAAGGGAAUGGAUGCAUAGACUAACUCAAAGUAUUAGUCAUAAUCCGUUUUAUGAUAUGCUAGCUAAUCGUAAGCGGAAAGCUCAACUUUAUUCCAAGAAUUGAAUCGACAAAAUGGUUAUUUUGUAUUGUUUGUUAAUUUUUAUUCGAUAUUGAUAUAUAUAUAUAUAUGAAAAUUAAUGGAUUAUUUGACAUAUCACCUGUUUUUGUCCAUAUGUCUGAUACACAGUAAAUAAUAAACUUUUCAUUCAUAAAAA